AUGGCUCCCAUCCCAGGAAUGAUACGCGAAGCAGCUCGAUUUGAGAACCAGUACCGCAUAUACUGGAUAGACUACGGCCAGUACACCAAGAUAGCGACAACUGACAUGCACACCAGCUACAGCAAGCUGGCAAACAUCUCUCACGAGCUCCAGGAUAAAUGGGUGGUCAUUACCAGCGUUCUUUUUGCGAUCAUCGUUGUGGGCAUCAUCGCCCACUGCUGCUUUUUGGGAAGAUACAGUUAUCCGCGACAAACUGCACCUACCGAGGAUAAGACGACGGAGGACGCUGAGUAUCCGGAUAUGGUUGAGGGUCCCCGCUCAGAUGGCUGGAUGUGUUUCAUUCUGGCCUGCCACGCUGCCAUUACCCUCGGUGUUGUCUGA